ACUUUACCCCGCUGUGUCAGUCACCAUGGUGGCAUACAACAGAGCGCAGCAGCGGCGGACCUAUCUUCACUUUUAGACCCAGUAAAAAUGUUAAUAUCGUGAAUUCCCCCGGUGAGUGUACUCGGGCCUGGCUCUCAUAAUGGACGCCGGGUUGUUGCUGAGCGGAUAGCAGGACGCCCUGAGCUCACUCUGUGUUUUGUUUUGUUUGCUGGAUCCUACAUGGAAUUUCUUUUCGUCGCUAGCAAAAUGCUGAAGAGACCAGGGACGGCUUUGAUGAACGUUGGCUUGAAUAAAGGGACAUUUUUUUUUUUUUACAGUGAGAAAAUAACUCAGUGAGACACUUUGAGCCUCCUUUUGUUCAGAAAACAAGUUUCCUCUCGGGCGGGACUGCUUGUUGGCUCCGGCUCCGGGCAACAUAAAGACAGACAACCCCACUAAAGGAGACCGCUCGGCUGUCUGGCUCCAGUCGUGGCCUGGCUCCGGGGCACUCCCAGCUUUAUCCGCUAGCAUCGGAGCACAGGCGACAAGAAUAAAGCAAGACAGUAGACUGGGGUGGGCUUGUUUCUGCUUAUAUCCGUGACGUUGGAUAUUUCUAAACACUUUUAUCAGGAUAAGAAAUCCAACCUCCUCCAGACGGCGUCUUCCAAAACAAUGGCGUCUUAUGUGGAUAACAGCUUUCGGCAGGCUGUGAUGAUGAAUCCGGCUGAAAGGACGCAACAGGACCUGGAGAUCGUCUACUCCUAUCUCCACGGGAUGGAGGCCUUGUCCAACCUGCGAGAGCACCAGCUGAGGAUAAUGUGUGAGACGGUGCGUUACGAGAGACACGAGGCCAAUGAAGUGCUCUACUAUCCUGAUGAUGUCGGAAGCUGCUGGUACAUCCUGUUGUCUGGCUCUGUCUUCAUCAAAGAGUCCAUGUUCCUUCCCAGAAGCAGUUUUGGGAAGCGAUCAGCAGGCAGCCUGCGACGUGGAUGUGAGUGCAUUGUCCUGGAACCCUCAGAGAUGAUCGUGGUGGACUAUAUGGAUGAAAAUGAGGAGUACUUUCAGCGACAAGCCUCGCACAGACAGUCCCGUCGGCGCUUUCGGAAGAUCAACCAGAAAGGGGAGAGGCAGACAAUCAUCGACACAGUGGAUCCGUACCCGACCGGAAAGCCGCCCAUAGCUCGGGGAUACCACACGGAAUGCAAUAAACCUCAGCUCCCCGCAGACUUCAGCAGACUUCACCUGGCCGACGGCUUGCACCCACAGGUGACCCACGUCUCCUCCAGCCACUCAGGAUGUAGUAUCACCAGCGACUCUGGAAGCAGCAGCCUGUCAGACAUUUACCAGGCCACAGAAAACGAACCAGGCGACAUGGACCUGAGUGGCUUGCCAGAGACCGCCGUCGAUUCGGAAGAGGACGACGAUGAGGAGGACAUCGAGCGAGCGUCGGACCCCCUCAUGAGCCGGGACAUCGUGCGGGACUGUCUGGAGAAGGACCCCAUGGACAGAACCGACGAUGACAUAGAGCAAUUACUGGAGUUCAUGCACCAACUGCCAGCGUUCGCCAACAUGACCAUGUCAGUGAGGAGGGAACUCUGCGCCGUCAUGGUUUUCGCUGUGGUCGAGCGUGCCGGCACCAUCGUUCUCAAUGAUGGAGAGGAGCUGGACUCGUGGUCAGUGAUCCUGAACGGUUCAGUGGAGGUGACGUACCCCGACAGCCGGACGGAGAUCCUGUGCAUGGGGAACAGUUUUGGGGUGUCACCAACCAUGGAGAAGGAAUACAUGAAGGGCGUCAUGAAGACCAAGGUGGACGACUGCCAGUUUGUGUGUAUAGCCCAGCAGGACUACUGCUGCAUCCUCAACCAGGUAGAGAAGAACAUGCAGAAGGUUGAGGAGGAAGGGGAGAUAGUUAUGGUGAAGGAGCACCGUGAACUGGACCGGACUGGCACCAGGAAAGGACACAUCGUUAUCAAGGGCACACCGGAGCGUCUCACCAUGCACCUGGUGGAGGAGCACUCAGUGGUGGACCCCACCUACAUCGAGGACUUCCUGUUGACCUACAGGACCUUCCUCUCCAGCCCCAUGGUCGUGGGCAAGAAGCUCCUGGAGUGGUUUCACGACCCCAGUCUCAGGGACAAGGUUACACGGGUAGUCUUGCUGUGGGUAAACAAUCACUUCAAUGACUUUGAGGGUGAUCCUGCUAUGACACACUUUCUGGAAGAGUUUGAGAACAAUCUGGAGAAAGAAAAAAUGUGUGGGCACCUCAGACUGUUAAAUAUAGCAUGCGCUGCUAAAGCCAAGCCGCGGCUGGUGACACUGACCAAGCCGUCCAGGGACUCUCCUCUGGCCUUUAGCCUUCUCGGAGGUCAGGAGAAAGGGUUCCGCAUCUUUAUAGAUGCUGUGGAGCCGGGGAGCAAAGCAGCAGAAGUCGGCCUUAAGCGUGGAGAUCAGAUCAUGGAGGUCAACGGGCAGAACUUUGAGAAUGUCCAGCUCAGCAAAGCCAACGAGAUUCUGAAGAACAAUACCCACUUGUCCAUAACUGUGAAAACAAACCUUUUAGUGUUUAAAGAGCUGCUAACGAGGCCAGAACACGACCAUGAUUUGGAUGUUGAGGAGGAACAUGACAGAAAGAAUGGCGCGCCUCACCUUCCAAAAAUCGGAGACAUCAAGAAGGCUAGCCGCUACUCCAUCCCUGACCUGGCAGUGGACGUGGAGCAGGUGAUGGGCCUGGAGAAGGUCAGCAAGAAAGCAAAGACCAACACAGUGGGAGGACGCAACAAGCUGAAGAAGAUCUUCGACAAGACACUCACCAGCAUCCUGCCUCCUAAACCAUACAAUGACAUUUGCGUGGGCCAAUCGCAGGACGACAGCAUUGUGGGGAUGAAGCAGUCCAAACAGAUCCCACCACCUCUGCCCGUCAGUGGAAACCUGUCGUCAUCAAACCCGGACCUUCUGCAGUCUCACCACCGCAUCCUCGACUUCAACAACCAGCCUGCCCCUGUCAUACUGAAUAUGUCGGACCAGGUAUUACGAGUCUUCAAGGCAGACCAGCAGUCUCGGUACAUCAUGAUUGGGAAGGACACAACAGCUAAGGAGGUGGUGGCCCAGGCUAUCAGGGAGUUUGCUCUGACUGCUGCAGCAGAGGCUUAUUCGCUGUGUGAAGUAUCCGUCACACCAGAAGGCGUCAUCAAACAGAGGCGGCUACCGGACCAGCUGUCGAAACUAGCCGACAGGAUUCAACUGAGUGGCAGAUACUACCUAAAGAGUAACAUGGAGACAGAGACAUUAUGUUCAGACGAGGACGCUCAGGACCUCCUGCGAGAAGGCCAGAUCUCUUUGUUGCAGCUCAGUACAGUGGAGGUUGCCACUCAGCUCUCCAUGCGAGCUUUUGAACUUUUCUGUGCCAUCGAGCCAACCGAAUACAUCGACGACCUGUUCAAGCUGCGCUCCAAGACGGGCUCGGCCAGCCUGAAGCGCUUCGAGGAGGCCAUCAACCACGAGACCUUCUGGGUGGCCACGGAGGUGACGCGGGAGCCCAACCAACUCAAACGUAUGAAAACCGUCAAGCACUUCAUCAAGAUCGCCCUGCACUGCCGCGAGUGCAAGAACUUCAACUCCAUGUUCGCCAUCAUCAGUGGUCUGAACCUGGCUCCAGUCUCCAGACUGAGGGGAACAUGGGAGAAGCUACCUAGCAAGUAUGAGAAGCUGUUUGGGGACCUGCAGGACCUUUUUGACCCUUCAAGAAAUAUGGCCAAGUACAGGAAUGUCCUCAACAAUCAAAACCUCCAGCCACCAAUCAUCCCCCUGUUCCCCGUCAUCAAGAAGGACCUCACCUUCCUACAUGAAGGCAAUGACUCUAAAGUGGACGGCCUGGUGAACUUUGAGAAGCUGAGGAUGAUUGCCAAAGAAAUUCGCCAUGUCGGUCGCAUGGCCUCUGUCAACAUGGACCCGGCCCUCAUGUUCCGUACCAGGAAGAAGAAAUGGAGAAGUUUAGGGUCCUUAAGCCAGGGUAGUGCCAAUGCGGCAGUGCUCGACGUCACCCAGACGGGCGGCCACAAGAAGCGGGUGCGACGCAGCUCCUUCCUGAACGCCAAAAAGCUUUACGAGGAUGCCCAGAUGGCCAGGAAAGUCAAACAGUACCUGUCCAACCUCAGCCUGGAAACCAACGAGGAGAGUCUGCAGACGCUCUCGCUGCAGUGUGAACCCUCCAUCAGCACAUUGCCUAAAAAUACUGGGAAACGACCAGACACCUCCCCAGUAGUGUCCAGAGCUGCCAGCCAACAGAGGGGCCAGUUGGCCAAAGGAAACCAGGCCCUCCAGGUCCCCGCCGUGGCCCUCUACCCAUCCAGAAAGAAAGUGCCAGUCAAGGAUCUGCCGCCUUUUGGCACCAGUUCCCCUCAGUCUCUGAAGAAGAUCCUGUCUCUGUCAGAGGAGGGGACCGAAAGGCACCGGAGGCAGCCAGAGGACACUGUGUCCAACGCCUCCUCCCAGCUCUCCUCCCCUCCCACCUCCCCCCAGAGCUCACCCAAAAAGAGUUACAACAGGAUGGGAGACGCUUACUCAGACUCCGGUCACAGUGAGAUCUCCUCUCGCUCCAGCCUCGUCAGUAACUCCUCUUUCGACAUGGCCCAUGACGAGAGGAGACUGCGGCACUCUGGAGGAGUCGGGGAUUCACACCUCGGGGGACCGCGGCUAGAACGAAGAGCCACCACCGACCCCGACCAGUACAGCCUCGGGUCGUAUUCAUCGAUGCAGGACUGUCGGGGCAUCUACACUGGCUGCCCUACAGUUCUCUCCUCACCCAGUUCAGAGGAGCUGACUCAGGAUCAGGGUGACCGCGUUUCCCUCGAUGCUGCAGACAGCGGCCGCGGCUCCUGGACUUCCUGCUCCUCCGGUUCCCACGACAACAUUCAGACCAUGCAGCAGGGGCGUAGCUGGGAGACUCUGGCCUUCGGUGGAGGCGGCGGUGGCAUAGGAGGGCUCCCUCCUGGCGGACCAGAGGCCUUAUUAGGGGGGCCUGCUGCGCUGUGGGCAGCUCAGGCCAGGGGGAGCUGGGCAUCUGCCAGCUCCUCCUCAUCCUCCGCUGCUUACUGGGGAGAGGACUCUGAGGGAGAUACUGGCACCAUUAAGAGGCGAGGAGGAAAGGACGUCAAUGCCGACCCAGAAACAAGUAGCAUCACAUCCACUGGGUCAGAGGAGGCCAAGCAGCUCAGCCGGCCCUCCCCAUCACCCAUCACCGCCGGGGGUAAAGGCCUACUCUCACGGAAAGAAAGCCGUUACCGCGAGCCUCCCCCGACUCCCCCCGGCUACACCGCCCUGACCAUCUCCGACCUCGCUGAAGGGCAGCACCCGGCCCCGUCUGUUCCCACGUCCACGGCGACCCACACAGGCCGCCGGCCGCCAGACUACACCACGGCCCUGCAGCGCUCGCGCAUGGUCACCCAGUCACCUGACUCCCACCAGGCCCACCAGGGGGCCAAACAGCGGUCGGGCGGCCUCCAUCGCACACGCUCACCGGCCGAGGAGCCAGAGGCUGAGGAGGAAGAGGAGGGUGAGUCCUUGUCUUCCAAACUAAUCGCUCUGAGGAAGCCAAAGCCAGUGGCACAGCAUACACCUGAGACUCCCAGACCAUGAGAGUGUGUGUACGGGGGUUAACAGGCAGGGCCCCUCUCCCCAAGGCAGAGGAUGAACAGGUGUCAGCGGUCUGAGGGACAACAGUGGACGUCCUUUUUGCAGUAACUUGAAGUCCCCCUGGUUUGGGGUGGGCAGGAUUAAAGAGACUGACAGAUAGACAGACCAAUGGGACUCGUACGUGCCUGCCUCCUCCACUUGGCUCUCCCUCCUCAAUCGGCGGAUUCCUCUGCUCCUCUCCCUCCCCUGCCUUAAAGCAUCAUAAGGGGUUUGAAUGACCCUGCAUGCAAAAAAAAAGAAAAAAAAAAGAAUAAAAAAUACUGUGAAGAAGUGAUGGAGAGAAGGUCAAAGACGAUGACAAAAUGCCUGGCACUUUGGAAAAAAAGACUUCAGAAACCUAACUGGUGCCGGGAGGGGUCGACAAAAAAACCACAUAGAUGUUGCUGUUAGAAACGGGAGCGGUUCCUAAAGGCCGGCCCAAACCCACAAACUCGCCUGUUGACACAACAGCAUCAUGGCGUGUUGAGCUUCAUCUGCACUUUCUCAUUUUCUACUUUCUGAAAAAAAGAAAACUGAACACAAAAAAACAAGACUGUGGUUUGAAGACGGAGAGAAACAACGGUUGACUUGACUCUUAAUUUUCACCUUCCCACUAGAUUUUUUUGAAUUUCUUUUCUUUUUUUUUUUUUUUUUUUUUUUUAAUUUUUUUUUUUUUUUUUUUUUUUUUGUUAUUUUCCUUGACUGAUUGCACUCUGGGGACCGAAAAAAAAAAACGAGAGAUACCAAGUCAGCCCAUUUCUCUGUCUGGACUGAAACAACCCAUCUGUUGUUGUUUGAGUGUUUGAACUCUAAAUCCAGUAUUAUCUCAUGUUUCACAUGUGAAAGCUUAUCAAGUGUUGGUUCAAAUCAAAGCUAGGAGGAGAGCCCAGUAAGGAGAACCGACAUGCACAGUGUACUGACAUACCUACACUCACACAACACACACACAACACACACACAACACACACUGAGUACUUUUUAUGUGCCAGUGCAAACACAAAAACUCAUUUCUAAAAAUAGCACUUUCAGCACAAAUCCUAAAUGUUACCAGACAUUUGGCCUGGAUACCAGGGUAUGAGUGAACCAUAUCUUACUGUCAUCCCACCUCGGAGCUCGUCUGGUUAUAUCGAAGUCUUUUCAUCAUCCCGUAGCUUGUUGUUACAUAAAGAGUAUAGUGUUUUGUAACUGGCCUGUAGGUGAUAUCAAAAAGCACAGAGCUGAUUGGGCGCCCACUGAAAAACUGAGCGAACAUGUCGGACUCCAUCAUGUUGGUCUCUACAGCGCGUCCGAGGUACACAAGGUAACUAAAAAUCACAAAGUGCAGCUGCAGUAGAGAAGACUCAAUCCUGGAAGUUUUUUUCUUUUUUUUUUUGGCCCAAAUUAAAAAGAAAAACGCUGACGUCAGCUGAUGGACGCUGGCAGGAAGUGUUAGAAUCAGACGGGAGUUUAUGAAUCAAAGUGCAAACUGUGAGCCAGCACUCACUGACCAGGGUGGUAAACAUCAGCAUAUUUCAAGAAUCUGCCAACGUGUAAUUUGUGAGUGUACCCUUAAACUGUCUACCUUUAUAGAUGAUCUUGUACAGAGUCUUAUAAACAAUCCAUAUCUCCCUUCAAAAUAAAAGUAUCCACAAAUUUAAAUUUGGCUUUUUUCCAACCUAAACACAUGCCACAUUUUGUGAAUGUCCAAAGCGCCUUACGAUGCCAUGAUUGCAUACAUUUUCUUCGCAUGGUUGUUCUCAUCACCAAUCACCUUGUUUCAAGCGCAGUCUUGAAUCAAGCAAUAGUGGAGUGAAAUGCCUUAUUCAAGAUACUUCCCCUGACUUUUUUUUUAAUAUAAAUAUAUAUGUAUUAAGACUCAGUACAAGACGAAGCCGAGCGUUUUCUUUCAGUUUUGUUCUCACGCGGCUUGGGACCCUAUCAUCAGACCUGCUGUGGUCAUCACAUGUUACCGCAGUAGAUGAUGGAGCGACCCUGCACCUCUCCCUCUGCUGUUGUGCUAAGUCAUCCUCAGAAACUCUUCACCUGUUACAGACGUCAGAUCAGUGGAUGCUGUAUGUAUAUCGCUAACGCCUGCAUCCAGUUUUCUACCAUAUCGUACCAACAAUGGAAGUGACUGAAGAUGUCUUUUCUUUCUUUCUUUCUUUGACUCCGGUGGGGAAGUUGACAUAUGAAGAAACAUUUUUCAAGGCUGCCAAUCAGAACGAUUAGAAAUCCAAUUGUGAAAAGUAACUCUUUGUUUUCUCCUAUCACUGAGUCGCACUGAUCACAUUGAUCAGUCUUGGAAACUACGGACUGAGAACAAGAUGAAUGAGUGCAGUGUUUCCCACUGUGUUCUGUGACUACACACUAAUGAUCUCCUGGGUUUCUUUUGUUAUUGUACUUUUUUUGUAAUGGCUGCAGAUAGAUUGUUAAUAAUUUGUUUGUAAUACAGUGGUGACAUGCAUCAUUCACUUUCAUUCAACUCUGAAGAUAAUGUGCAUAUUAGCGGCCGAGUCCUAUUUCGAAAAACAAAAAGUUGCACAAAAAUGUACAAGCGUAAAGAUAAGUGUAGUAGGUAGAACUGCUACUCCGUUUGAUGUGUGAUGUCAGUGAGAAAUGUACAUUUAGCUGGUGAUGACCUUCUUUUCUUCAUUUUUUCUUGUACUACUUUGACCUGUAUGUCUUUUAAAAAGACAAUGGUGGAGUAUGUAUCAGUUGUUUUUGUAUUUUUAAUACAAUAAUUGUAAAUAUUGGUUAUAUUUUUGUUCAAAUGUACUAUGUUUAUGCCUCAACAUCCAGUUUAUAUGAAGCUGGGAAUCAAUAAAUACUGCAUAAAGAAUCAACACCUAGGUUUAAAUGCACUUCUUCAUCUCUUCUGCAUUUUGAUGUUUCUUCUUUUCCAGUUUGUUUCUUUUUUUGUUUCUUUCAGAGGAUUUCCCCCCCCUCCCCAGAUACCGUCUAGUGUUUGCACAAGUCAUGGAAGCAACUUGAAAAGUGUAACUCUCAUACUUUUCUAUCUGACCGCAGUGUGUCAGAAUUAAUAAAAAAGAGAUAUUAAA